AUGAGAUUUUGCGUCGAUUAUCGUCGAUUAAAUCAAAUUACAACAAAAGAUGCAUUUCCUCUACCAAGAAUCGAUGAUAUUUAUGAUCAGUUAACAAAAGCAACACACUUUACUAAAUUUGAUUUCAAAUCAGGAUACUUUCAAGUACCAUUAGAUAAAGCAGAUCGACCGAAAACAGCAUUCUCCACUCGAGAUGGACAUUUUCAAUUCAAGGUAUUACCACAAGGACUUACAAAUGGACCACCAACUUUUCAACGUAUUGUUAAUCAAAUAUUAGGUCCAAACCGAUGGAAACAUGUACUUGCCUACAUCG